AUGAAAUAUUUAUUAGUAUAUUUACACAUAUUACUAUUUUGUUUAUUAAAGAUCAAUAGCCAAAAGUAUUGCACUUAUAGUGGUGUUGGAGAAGAUUAUAAUAUCAAAUUUGAUGUCUUACAAACAAAUGGUGGUAUUGGUUUUCUAUACUCAUAUUUAAGUGUUAUUUUUACAACUUGUAAUUAUACUAUUCCUUGUGGUAGUAAUAGUAAUAAUGUAUUGUGUGGAUCAUAUCAUUCAACUGUUCCACGCAAGUAUCUUUCAUUGGGAUUUGUUAAUGGCAGUACACAUAGUUAUAGCAAAGACGGACUAAUGAUAACAUAUAUAUCACAGGAUACAACAAAUGAUAAUGAUUGCAAAAGAUAUACAACAAAUGUGAUUUUUCAAUGUAGACCAGAUGGUGAUGUAUCCGAUUCAUUAGAUGUUGGCAUCGACAAUAUACUUAUUGAUUCAUGUAUUGUUGAAUUCACACUCUAUUUACGUACAGUGUGUCAAACAUGUCCAAACUGUUUAAAAACACAUCAAACAUCAUGUAAUGUGAAAAGUGGUUGGUGUACUUGUGAUGGUAAUACAAAAGGUUUAAAUUGUGAUCAAUUAAAUGCAAAUAUAUCAUCGGUAUUAACACCAACAAUUAGUGGUGGUGAUGUUAUAAUGUCUGGUGAUUUUUCAAAUAUUUAUAAUAUUAGCUCAAGUAUUACAAUUUCAAUUGGUACUUCAAUUUGUAAUAGUGUUAUUUUCUCAAGUAAUAAAUCACAAAUCAAAUGUACGAUAGGUGCAGGUGAAGGUGAUCAACAAAUUAAAUUAUCAGAUGGAAAUGGUGCAACAUUAAUAUAUGAUGGAUUUUAUUAUAGAGCUCCUUGUUCAGUCGAAUGUUCACCAUUUGGUAAAUGUAAUGAUCACGUUGGUAAUUGUAUUUGUAAUGAUGUUGCAAUUGGUACAGAUUGUAAAACUUUAAAUUUACAAUUAGAUUCAGUAACACCAACAUUUGUAACUGGUGGUCAAGUUUAUUUAAAUGGUAAUUUCCUAAAUGUCAAAGAUCUUAGUCUAACUAUUAAAAUCGGUGAUAUAGAAUGUUCAGAUGUUAAAUUCAACGAUACUAAUUUCAAAGUUUUGCAAUGUAUAAUUCGAAAAGGUGAAGGUAUUAAAGAUAUUAUAAUAUCAUCAGGUUUGCUAUCAUUUUCAAAAGCAAAAGCAUUCGAAUAUCAAUACUACAAAUGUCCACUCAAUUGUUCAACACCAAAUGGUACUUGUGAUAAUAAUACUGGUAAUUGUACAUGCCAUAAUGAACAUUUUGGUAAUUCUUGUGAAUUUACUCGAUGUCCACUCGAUUGUUCGACACCAAAUGGUACUUGUGAUAAUAAUACUGGUAAUUGUACAUGCCAUAAUGAACAUUUUGGUAAUGGUUGUGAAUUCACUCAAUGCCCACUCUAUUGUUCAACACCAAAUGGUACUUGUGAUAUUAAUAGUGGUAUUUGUACAUGUGAUAAUGAACAUAUUGGUAAUGGUUGCGAAAUUAAAUUUAUUGAAUGUAAACAUAAAUGUUCAACCAAACAUGGAAUAUGUGAUAAUGAUAGUGGUAAUUGUAAAUGUGAUACUCAAACAAAAGGAUUAACGUGUGAAGAAUCAAGAUUAUUAAUUGAAUCAUUAGACUCAAUCAAUUCAAAAGGUGGUACAAUAAAUAUAAUUGGUUAUUUUGGAAAUACAACAUCAUUAUUAACAAUUAAAAUUGGUGAAUCACAAUGUAAAAAUAUCAAAGUAUUCAAUGAAACAACAUUAAAAUGUGAUAUUGGUGAAGGUAAAGGUAUUCAUAAUAUUACAAUCAUUGAUGAUGACCUUUCGUUCACAGCAAUCAAUAAGUUCCAAUAUCUCGAUGAAAAAACAAAAAUCUCAAAAAUAUCGAGAGGUGCAAUUGCUGGUAUUGUUGUUGGUUGUGUUGUUGCUGUUUCAUUAAUUGGUUCUAUUGCUUUUUAUUAUCAUCACAAAAAUAAAAAGGUUAAUCUUUUCUUCUAA